AUGGACAAGCAGUGGUUUCCUGCAGCUGGAAUUCUCUUGGCUGCCUUCCUAGUAGUCUCGGCUUCUACCCUGACCCUUCUCUCUACUGAUGAAGGCCCUAAGCAGUUUCCUUCAGCGCCUGGUACAUCACCUCAGCAAAGUAACAACAGCAUUCUACUGGGCAUCCUGACACACAUCUUUGGCAAAAUCAACUCAGUUGAGAGGGAAUCGGAGGCCCUGGGGAGGAGGGCAGGAGACUUUUCUACAGAAGGGGCUGGGAGUCAGGAGUCUCCCCCAUUGCCUGACUCCUCGGGCAGGGUCAUACCUGAACCAAUUCCCUCAACCCUAACCAUAUCUGCAUCCUACAUGGCUGUUGACUCUCAGCCAGUGUCCUCUGAGGCUGAUCCUAUAGAGGAAAUCUUGGCCCUUGGAACUCUAGACACAAUUACUAUGUCAUCACCACAGCCUUCUCCCAUACAUGGAUCUGAGCAGAAGUUCAACAAGACCUUCGGGUUGUGUGGGACAGUUCCUGCCUCUGCAACACUGGAGAAAACUGUUGUAUCUAAACAAACAGGGCAUUUAAGUAAAACUUCCCAUCCCCCCAUAUUCUCCAGACCUCCAUGCCUGCUACGGCAUAACCCCAAUCCCACUGUCCGGAUACCACGGAGGGAUGGCCACUCCAGGCCAGAUGCAUCCUCAUCUGUAGUACUGGCUCCAAGUACCUCCUUAAGACUGCCUAUCUUCCCCCGGAUGUCUAACAUACUGAAAGCUACAGAGCCCCCAUUGUCUUCAUCUCCUGGAAGAUUAGGGACCUCAAUCCCGGUCCAGGUUUCCUCUGUCACUACAGGAGCUAGUGACUCUUCUAAACCUGCAUCUGUGAUUGUACCCUCAACUACAGACUCUUCCAUUAAAACUUCAAACCUCACACCCCAGUUGGCUCUACAACCCAGCCACCCUGAGCCAUGGCUUCCUACCAGCCCAGUCCACAUCCCCACGCUCUCCCUCCAAUAUUUCUCCAGCCCUCCCUCUACCCCACAUAGCUCUGGCUUCACAGAGUCAUCUGUAGAUGCUGAUCCUACCCUGGCCUCUCCCCUCCCUUACCCUGGCCAGGAUGAGUCUUUGCAGGACUUGAGAUUCUCCACUCCAGGAUCUCGUCAUACGAUCCAUACUGUGACCUUUAGGAUCAACCGAAACCGCUUCACAAAACUUGUCUGGAACCUGGUACCCUUGGAUCGAUGGCUUAUCUGCUACCAGCUCCGGCUCAUCUACCACGAGGCCUUCUCCAACUUCAAGAAUGUCAGUGCCCUGCUGUUUCGGCCUGGCUCUACAAAGGUGAAAGCCUCCCUCGUUUUUGGUCCUCCGGCUCCCUCGGCUCUAGAAAUCCUCUGGACUUUGUAUCGCAAGGUGAAGUCCUCCAGAUGGUCGCUUGGGUACCUGUCCCUGGCCGACCAUGGCCUUUCCUCUGAUGGGUACAACAUGAAUGACCUUACCCGGGAAAUCAUCAACGUUAGCUUCACACUCAUGAGGCCCUUCCUGCCCGAGCUGCUCCUGCCUAGUUCUCAGCCUUUUAUCCUGCUGGAAAAGCAGAUCCUCCGGCUGGUCACCCAUGAAGUGUCAAGAUUCUACAAGGCUGAGCCCCAGGACCAGCCCCUGCUCCUAUUCAGCGAUGUGAAGGAGUGGGUGAGAGUUUACAUGGAAUAUAAGCUCAAGCACCCCAUCCCCAUCCACCUCCAAGGCCUGGCCAGUCACCUGGCCCAUCAUAUAACAGACCCCACCCUCCAGAAAUCCAGCAUACUGGCCAAUGGGGAGAAAGCAGAUCUGGUGUUUUAUGACACGUGGCUGUUGAUUGUGGGUCACCCCUUCACCGAGGCCUUGGAGAACAAGACUAGUUCUGAGUUCCAGGAGCUUCAGGGACUGCUGACAAAACGGCUAACCUCAGUCCUCCAGCCUCUGCAGAACUUUGGUCAAGUGGUGGUGGAGGAAUUCCACCAGGAACCACUGACUGCCAGAGUGCAAACUGCCUUCUUUGGGGUUGCACCAGCCCAGGGCAUCAUCCAGGACUCCAUGCUUCAAGCCCUGGCCUCCCUCCAGGAAACUGAGGGUCUACAGUUGGAGAUGCUCCUCCCAGUCCUUGGCGCCCCCAGCUCCAGAGCCUCGAGAAGCCCCAGGGGUGGAGCCAUGCUGAAUCUCCAGCUCAUCAUGUCUCUCUUCAUCUUGACUGGGGAGGAGCUGUUCCUCCACUCACCCUGCAGAUUCUGCUCCUCAGCAGAACGGGCUGCUGGGGCCUUAAGGCUCGUCUUGAGUGUUAAUGCCAGGUUUCCCCCACUGGAGCCUCAUGGCCCUGAGCCUGCUCCUGGCAUUAGUUAG